AUGGACAUCACAACAUGCUCCCUUCUGUAUAAGACGUACAUUCGACCGGUGUUCGAGUUCGCUGGGCCGGUUUGGUAUCCAAUCUAUCAGUACGAUGGAGACCUCCUGGAGUCGGUGCAGCGCUUUGCAACGAGAUUGCCCUAUGGAUAUCUCCGUCCUGACUAUCCAACGCGACUGAAGAUCUUCUCCUUGCCAAUUGUUGAGGAUCGUAGACUGCGUGGAGAUCUCAUCGUGACGUACCGAGCUCUUCGCGGACAUUUUGGGGUGGAUCUGUCACACAUGUUCCCACUUAACAUCAAUAACGCUCUACGUGGUCACAACUUUAAGCUCGCCAAGGAAGUUUUCAGGACAACAAGCCGCCAGAAGUUUCUGCCCAACAGAGUGUUCAGUGUUUGGAACAGCUUACCGGUUGAGGUUGUGAACGCUAGUAGUGUGAACUCUUUUAAAAAUAGAUAUGACGAUUGGUGUGCUCUGAUUUCGAGGCAGUGA